AAAAAAAAAAAAAAGAGGAGAGGGGCAGGAGAAAGAAGGUGUGACAACUGUGGAUCUCUGCAAGUAACUCCUACUAGCGUCCAAAAGGGGGGGAGGAUGAGGGGGGGCAUCGGCCAGUACCCCCCUCUCCUUGAUUGAUUAGUUAUUAGUCAUCCCUUUGGCUAAAUGGGACCCAUUGAAAAGGCACCGUGGAACACAUGCAUGAAUCAAAUAUUCCCGUGUCCCUUCAAUGUCUCCACAGUAGUUUUGCUUAAGAAGAGAGGGGGUCGUGGCUGGCAAAUAUAAAGAAAAAGGAAGGACUCCAAAAAAAAAAAGAAGAGAAAGUGUGGACUGUAUAUUUUGUUUUUGUUUUUUUUCUUCCCAUUUUGGAUGUCACAUUUGAGUGGCGUUUUUCGCACAGAAUGAAACUUUGGACAUCACCCUGGCUGCCCUGCCUGGUGAUCCUCAUCCUCUGCUUUGGAUCAGAGUGCGGGACGGUCCGGAGGAAAGGCAGAUCCAAGCGGGACUUGGUGCGCUUGAGGGAGGCGAGAGCCGCCCUCCCGGGGGCUUGCGCCACGCGUCUGCCCCGGGGCAAGCGCUCCCUGGCCGGCUUGGAGCGCCGGGGGCUGCGGCAGCGUCGGCGCUCCUCGCAGCCGGAGGUGAGCUCCCCCGAGCGGGGGAAGGCUGUCUAUUUCACCGGCAGGGGCGACCAGCUCCGGUUAAAGCCCGGCGUGGAGAUCCCACGGGGGAACUUCACACUCGAGAUGUGGAUCAAGCCGGAGGGGGGCCAGCGCUCGCCUACUGUCAUCGCAGGCCUUUACGACAAAUGUUUCUACGCCUCCAGCGACCGAGGCUGGCUUCUCGGCAUCCAGUCCGUAAGCGAACACGGCAACCGCGACCCCCGCUUCUUUUUUUCCUUGAAGACGGACCGUGCCCACAAGGCGACCGCCAUCCGCUCAAACGCCCGCUACGUACCCAAUCAGUGGGCUCACCUGGCCGUCACCUACAACGGCAUCUACAUGAAGCUCUUCGUCAACGGCGCCCAGGUUGGCGUGAGUCGGGAGCAAUCUGGCGACGUCUUCAGUCACCUGACCAAAAAGUGCAAAGUGCUGAUGAUUGGCGGGAAUGCAUUGAAUCAUAACUACCGGGGCUCGGUUGAGAGGGUGACUCUAUGGAGGCAGGCUCGGGAUCAGAGGCAGAUUAUCAGGAACAUGCAGGGCCACGAGGAUCUGCAAGAUCUACCUCAGCUGGUUAUACGUGAAACAUUUGAGCACCCGGGCAGGAAGUGGCUGACUGUGAAAGAUGGUAGCUUCCCUCAGCCGGAGCAGAGGGGAAGUGGGCGGAUAGGUUUUGAAGGAAAUGCCCAUGGAUUAUUAGACACUACAUUAGAGCCUCCAGUUUGUGGUCAAACCGUCUGUGACAAUGUCAAGGUCAUCGAAAACUACAACCAUCUUUGGAGCUUUCGCCGUGCCAAGAAAGUACGGUACCGUGUGAUAAACAUCUGGGAUGACACUCGGACCAAGCCAACCGUGUCGGACCACCAGAUUAUCCUGCAGCACCAGCAGCUUAACGACGCCUUCAGCCCUUACAACAUCACCUGGGAGCUCAGCAUCCACAACGUUACCAACUCCUCCCUGAGGAACCGCUUGAUUCUCGCUGACUGUGACAUCAGCAAAGUGGGCGAUGACGCCUGCAACCCAGAGUGCAACCACCCGCUCACCGGGUACGACGCCGGUGACUGCGUGUCGCGGCACCGGAGCCGCUGCCCUGAGAGCAAGCAGGGCAACGGCAUUUGCGAUGCGGAAUGUAACUGGGAUGAUUUCUUCUACGACCUUGGCGACUGUUGCAACCCCGACGUGACGGAUGUGACCAAGACAUGCUUCAACCGCUCCUCGCCAUACAAAGCCUAUCUGGACGUGAAGGAGCUGAAAGAGAUCCUGCGCUUGGACGGCUCCACUCACCUGAACGUCUUCUUUGCCAACUCCUCUGAUGAAGAUCUAGCGGGAGUUGCCACUUGGCCGUGGGACAAAGAAGCCCUCACGCAUUUAGGUGGAAUCGUGCUGAACCCGUCCUUCUACGGUACACCCGGCCACACCCACACCAUGGUGCACGAGAUCGGUCACAGUCUCGGACUCUACCACGUUUUUCGAGGGAUCUCGGAGAUCGAAUCGUGUAACGAUCCGUGUUUGGAGACGGAGCCCUCAAUGGAGACCGGAGAUCUUUGUGCGGACACUAAUCCCACGCCCAAGUUCAAAGAAUGCCACGAUCCAGAACCCGGCAACGAGACCUGCGGCUCUCCGCAUUUCACUAACACGCCUUUCAACAACUACAUGAGUUAUGCAGAUGAUUCCUGCACCGACUCCUUUACCCUGAACCAAGUGGCUAGGAUGCACUGCUACCUGGACCUGGUCUACCAGACUUGGCAACCUAAUUCCAAACCUCCUCCGGUGCCCAUUCCCCCGCAGGUGGUGGAGCAACAUCACAACUCCUUCACUUUGGAAUGGUUUCCACCCAUUUCAGGACAAUUUUACGACAGAGAAUUGGGAUCAGUGUGCGAUAAAUGCACCGAGGGUAGAGUUCUACUGCAAUACGCCUCCAACUCGUCAUCCCCGCGACCAUGCGAUCCCUCCGGACACUGGUCACCGCUUGGGGCUGAAGGUCCUCCUGAUGUAGAGCAGCCCUGUGAGCCGAGCGUGCGCACCUGGAGCCCCAACGCGGGCAACGAGCAGGGCAACGUGGGCCUGUCCGAGUGCCCACUCCAGGGCUGCAUGCUGCAGCUGGAGUUCCCCUACCCGCUGGUGCCCGACUCGCUGACCGUCUGGGUCACAUUCUUCAGCCCCGAAGAAACGGCUCUCCCCGCCAUCCACAACAUCCUCCUCCUCACCGUCCGCGGCGACAACAUCUCCCUGGGGCCCAGCAACGUUUUCUGCGACACGGCGCUCACCCUGAAGCUGGACAUUGAGGAGGAGGUUUACGGGGUGCAGUUUUUCACCAUGGAGCAACACCUGGAGAUCGACGCCACCCUGUUGGCGUCCAAACCGGACUCCUCUCUUUGCGGCGACUGCCAACCUCUGCAUUACCGCCUGCUGAGGCAGCCGCCCUUCACCCACGCGCCACAUGGGCUCCUUUUCAACGAACCCAGUCGCCGUUAUACAGACAGGGAUGUGGAGCCGCAUGUGGCGUACACGUAUCGGGUCCAAACCAUAUCGAGCCGGAGCGAGAGCCAACCUUCCCCGCCGCUGGUGCAUGAACUUGGGGCACCCUAUUGCGGGGACGGACGGAUCCAGAGUUCCAAGGGAGAGGAGUGUGAUGACAUGAAUUCCAUGAAUGGCGACGGCUGCUCCAGUCAGUGCAAGAAAGAGGCUUUCUUCAACUGUGUCGAGGAGCCGAGCAUGUGCUACUACUACGACGGUGACGGCGUUUGCGAGGACUUUGAGCAAGAGACCGGCGUCCGAGACUGCGGGCUCUACACCCCCAGCGGCUUCCUGGACCAGUGGGCCUCCAGUGUCGAGGUUUCCCAUGAGAAGAAGCCAUACUGUUCGGGCGAGGUGGCUGCGGGGUAUCCUGCUGUAACCAAGACAUGUCAGUCCAAGGUGUUCGAUCUUUCCGACGGGGUGUCCCAAUAUGCCUGGUACCCCUGUCAGGAGGCCCACAAGACUUCCUGGGGAUACCACAACUACUGGCUUAAGGCCCAUUUUUCUCAUCCGAUGGUGGCGGCAGCGGUGAUCAUACACCUGGCGGUCGACGGCACGGCUUACAUUGACCAGACUCAGUGUAACAUCACCGUUCAGCUGGUGGAUACCAAAGAGGGGAUCCAUAGCUUGGGCGAGUGGCGACUGAGCUGCCGUACCAACCCAUUGGUGAUUCCAGUUAGCCAUGACCUGUCGGUGGCCUUCUAUCACACCAAGACCAUCCUGGUCAUGUUCGCCUCCCGCCUAGUCGCCAUCUCCGGGGUGGGGCUGCGCUCCUUCCAGUCCUUCGACCCCAUCACUAUCAGCGGUUGCCAGAGCAAUGAAAUCUACAACCCCACAGGCCAGAGUUGUGUCCAUUAUUCGUGCGAAGCCAUCGACUGCCAGGAGCCCUUAAUCCGCAAUGCAGAGCUCAAGUGCAGCAAUGCCGGCCGCCACUUCUACAACGGAGACCGCUGCACCAUCUCCUGCAACUCCGGCUACGUCCUGCAAGUCCACCAGGAUGAUGACAUCAUCAAGAGCCAGUCUGACUCCUUGGUGACCAUCACCUGUGCAAACGGCAAAUGGAACAAGCAGGUGUCAUGCGAGCCCGUCGACUGCGGCCUGCCCGAUAAAUACCACGUCCACCCGGCCCAUUUCAACUUCCCCGAGGGCACCACCUACGGCAGGAAGAGCACUUUCCAGUGUCGUGAACCUGCCCAGCUUGUAGGUACAAACAACACUCUGACCUGCCUGGAGGAUGGUCUGUGGUCCUUCCCCGAGGCUCUUUGCGAGUUGCGCUGCCCGGCUCCUCCGCCGGUGCCCCAUGCCGUGCUGCAGACAAAGCGUUGCAACGAGACGGGCCUCAAAGUGGGAACGCUGUGCAAGUACAAGUGCAGGCCAGGCUACCACGUGACCAAUAAACCCAAGAGGCGUGCGUUUAAGCGGCAGUGCACAGAAGACGGAAGCUGGCUGGAAGGUGCGUGUGAGCCGGUCACCUGUGACCCGCCGCCCCCCAUCUUCCACGGCUCCUACCACUGCACCGACGGCUUCCGCUUCGACAGCGUUUGCCGCCUCAAUUGCUCAACCGAUGCCACCGGUAAUAGCGCCAAUGCCGUCACAGGAGGCUCCGCCCACACGGUGAGGCUGCUGCACGCUCCAUGCAAGCAGGGCUCCGGCUCCAACGUGAUACGCUGCAGGAAGGACGGAAACUGGACGGGGUCCUUCCGCCUGUGCCCCAACAGCAAAGGCCAGUGUUCUUUACCUCAAAACCUGCACUACAGCCUCCAGUACUCAUGCAAGCGAGGACAUGGCAUAGGCGAGGAGUGCGAGCUGACGUGCAGAGAGAGCAACAACGACGUGGUGAUCCUCCCCAGCAACAUGACCGUGGACGACGUGCUCAAGGAGCACUGGAGGAACCCACACAAGGUCAAGAGUAUUGUCUGCACAAUGGGACUGAAGUGGUAUCCGCACCCAGAAUUACUCCACUGCAUCAAAGGUUGUGAGCCGUUCAGGGGAGACAACUACUGUGAUGCAUUAAACAACCGAGCCUUCUGCAACUACGAUGGAGGAGACUGCUGCCAAUCCACUGUCAAGACUAAGAAGGUGAUUCCCUUCCCCAUGUCCUGCGACAUACGGGGCGAGUGCUCCUGCCGGGAUCCUAACGCCAUGGAGAACAAAAGAGAAGAGAACAUAUAUUCCCUGGGGUGAUCAAACCCACAGAGAGAAGGAGGGGACAAUUUUCCACGUCCCGAGACAUCUUUUGCUCCAACACCACACAGCCAGAGUGACAGACUCCCCCCCCCUCCAUCUUCAUCCUCAAUGUUCCUGCACAUGCUGCUUUAAACAGGUAUACCUCUCCAUCCUCGCAUACACUCCCUCGAAACCGGCCGGGACGAUCUCGAAAAGACCACCGGACCCCACGGAAGAACUUUCAUUUCCACACACGAAGUAACCCUUCGUCAAACAAAAACAAUCCCUAAACAAAAGCGUCGAGUUCAGUGCCCUUCAUGAUAAAAAAAGUGAUUCCAAAUGUUGGGUGUGGGGUUGGGGGGGCUUUUUGGAUCAAUAAUUCUAAAUAUAAAGGAAAUGAAGACACAUGUUUUGAAGGCAUGAGGUUUGGCACAAGCAGUUCUAGUUUCAUUUCGGUCAACAACAACAAGAAAGUUGUUUAUCGUCACAUCAGAAGGCCGCUUGGUGGGGAACGAUACGCUCGUGCUGAGAAGUAAAUACGGGAGACCCUCGUUCUCUAUUCCCACCUAAAUAUUCCAAAACCAAACAGAGCGCAUAGUCUUCUUCCGCAAAUUUGCUUUGCAGCGGCUUCCAGUUGAGCUUUUUUUCACCUGCACGUGGAAUUUUGAACCCAAAAAACUGAAAAUACUGUUGAGAUUUUUAAGUCGGUGCCCUUAUUCUCGUCUCGGAUCAAAAGUUAGCGCUUGGACAUAAAUACGGGAAAUGUUCGAUCUCAUCCGUUGUCGUCCUUACGACAGACGCUUUCAAUGCAGCAUGUUUUUUGUUGUUACCGAUUUUGCGGCCCUCAGUCUCUCCUUGCAUAAAAAUCACCUCUUUACCGUGCUGAGAAGUAAAAACGGGAGACCCUUGUUCUCUAUUCCCACCCGAUUAUUCUUUUUACGUUUUAUUCCAAAACCAAACAACUUGCGUAAUCUUCUCGAAAAUUUGCUUUGCAGCGGCUUCCGGUUCAGCUUUUUUUCACAUGCACGUGGAAUUUUGAACCCAAAAAACUGAAAAUACUGUUAAGAUUUUAAGUCGGUGCCCUUAUUCUCGUCUUGGAUAAAAAAUGAGCGCUUGGACAUACAGUAAAUACGGGAAAUGUUCGAUUUCGUCUUUGUCGUCCUUACGACGGAUGCUUUCAAUGCAGCAUGUUUUUUGUUGUUACCGAUCUUGCGGCCCUCAGUCUCUCCUUGCAUAAAAAUCACCUCCUUACCGUGCUGAGAAGCAAAUACGGGAGACCGUCGUUCUCUAUUCCCACAUACUUAUUCUUUUUACGUUUUAUUCCAAAACCAAACAACUUGCGUAGUCUUCUUUCACCAAUUUGCUUUGCAGCGGUUUCCGGUUUAGCUUUUUUUUAACUGCACGUGGAAUUUUGAACCCAAAAAACUGAAAAUACUGUUAAGAUUUUAAGUCAGUGCCCUUAUUCUCGUCUCGGAUAAAAAGUUAGCGCUUGGACAUACAUACAAGAAAUGCUCAAUUUUGUCCUUUGUCGUCCUUAAGACAGACGCUUUCAAUGCAGCAUGUUUUUUGUUGUUACCGAUCUUGCGGCCCUCAGUCUCUCCUUGCAUAAAAAUCACCUCCUUGUCGUGCUGAGAAGUAAUUACGGGAGACCCUCGUUCUCGUCUAUUGUUGUCCUUAAAAGUGACACUUUCAAUACAACAUGUUUUUGGUACAUUUUACCGUUCUUUGCCCUCAGCCUCUUCUUGGAUAAAAAAAUAAUAAUAAUAAUUCGCCUCCUAAGAAAUGAAUACAAAAGACCCUUGUUCUCCUCAGUGUCGACAUCAUCAAACAUACAAACAUGCGGAAACGUACACAAUUGUACACAAUUGUCGGUAACAAUAUGCCACAAAGGUGCACAUGUCUAAUCAACAUAUUGCCGAACUUGUGUGUCCUUCUCCACCAAUCACUCUCUUUUGGCUGCUAUAAAAGCUUAGAAUUUUGUCACACACACACACACACACACACACACUAAUACGCACACAUACACUGCUGCUGCUUGGCUUACCGGGCCCCCAACAUGUUGCUGCUCUGCCGCAUCCGUGGUUAUACAGUCAUGACUUUUCAUCGGACUCGCAAAAGGCUGCUAUAAGCGUUCCAUGCCAUCCUCAUGUGUGUCGGGACUCAUUAUACGCAAUGAAACAGACGUAAGGUAUUAUUUUCCACCAAAAAAAAACUACGUACAAAUAGUGUAAAUAAGUUCUUGAUUGAGGGUUGUUUUUCAUGUUUUUUUUUUCAUGUUGUUUAUUUUACCAAAUGUCAUAUUCGAUUAUUAUUUUUAUUUUUUUUUAUAAAUGACCUCAGUUAUUGCACUUUUUAGUUGCAAAAUCUUUCGAAAACUGUCUGCGAGAAGAAGCUGCUAUUGUCAGGAUGGUGACGCCAGGCGACAUGGAUCAUGACGCUCAUUUCAACCACCCGUGUCGCCUCACAUCCUCAACUUUCACUCUUUAUGCAUCUCCAACAUGAACAACAGGCUUUAACAUAUACAGUGGAACCUUCAAGGCUCAGAUUAUUAUUUUUUAUUUUUUUUAAAUGUGACUAUUUUUACGUGACAAUAAAAAUCCAAAAUACUCUAAAUCAACGUUAAACUGUCGCUAUGAAAAAUCUUGUCAGUGGAGUAAAAAGUUCACCGACGAAUGAUGGUAAUGUUGUUUUGUUUCAUUUCUGUUCGUUAAAUUGUUCUAUCGGGAAAAAAAUAAACAAUCGAUUUUAACAAUGUAUUAUUUUUUUAUACACAAAUAUUUUCUUCAUUCAAAAAAGUUUUUUUUUUACUAUUUCUUUAUUACUUUAAAAUAGUUUUUCUCUUUUAUUUUAUUUGUUAUUUGUUUUCCAAUG